UGUGUGCGUGUGUGUUUCUAUAGAAACGGCUCAACACCUGCCUUCCCAUGACACCUCGGGGCUGAACACACCGUAGGAAAACGGUAUGAUACACAGGAGACUUCUACCGUCACCUGGGCAGAACGGGGCAUAACGGGCCACGCAACCUGACUCUGCAUGUGCCUUUUAUGAAGUUGUUCCCGUUACAUUCAGAACAUUUUUACCAGGAAGUAUUUACCUGAAUAACAUGCACGAUUGAAGAACUCAGCUAAGUAGCCUAACUUUCGUUCAGGUUGCGCAGUGGACUAUUUUAUGCGAAGUUCAAGAUGCUCAUUUGAAAAUGUGGACUGAAUGGACCUAAAAUAUCCGUUAACGGCGUAUCGAUAAUGACGACCGUCCAAUCCUGUAACAGUGUGGUUUACUACGUUGAAAUUGGAUGCAUUUUUAUUUGUGUGGGGAAAUGAUCUAGCAUAGCCUUCCAUACUUUGACCCCAAUCGUCAUGAACUCUGAAAAGCCCAAUUUUCUAUCCCAACCUGUCGUGAAGAACAUUUUCGUGUAUCGAAAUGGAGAUCCCUUUUACGAGGCUCGCCGGUUAGUGGUAAACCAAAAGAGAGUGUCCAAUUUUGACACUUUUCUUCGAGAUGUGACGGGGGGUGUGCAGGCUCCGUUUGGAGCGGUUCGGAACAUCUACACCCCUAGAAUGGGACAUCGGGUGGCCUGCCUGGACCAUCUACAGAGCGGGGAACAAUAUGUCGCUGCCGGGAGAGAGAAAUUCAAGAAAUUGGAUUAUUCACAGAUAGGAUCCAAAAAGAAGAGGAUGCUCCUUACUACUUCAGGGCAGCCUUAUCCACAGGCUAAACCGGUGCCCCAGAGUCGAAUCAUUGUAUCAGCAAGAUUCCUGAAACCCAUCAAAGAGCCCUGUGCCAUUUUUGUGGUAGCGAAUGGUGAUGUGUUGAACCCAGCGUUAAGGCUGCUGAUACCCCAGCGGAUACUGGGCCAAUACGACAGGGUUCUGGAGAUGAUCACUGACAAAAUGGGUUUGAGAAUCCUGGGGUGUGUACGAAGCCUUUACACCUUUGAUGGAAAUCAUGUGAAUGAAGGAAAGGACUUGGAGAGUGGACAGUUUUACGUGGCUGUUGGGAGAGACAAGUUUAAAAGACUUCCUUACAGUGACCUUCUGUUCACCAAACCAAGGGGCGUACGAAGGACUACAGGAUCCAAAGCUUCCUCAUUACCGCCCAUAUACACAUCUGGAAAGCAAAACAGAAACAGUUUGACGGUACACCACAGUAAGUCUAUGUGGCGGUGCAGAGAGCCAGCAGACUCCAAGAUAUCUACGCAUGACAAAGACCGCACGUUGUCCAUCGCCAGGCAGAUCUCCCAGCAGAGACUCAUGACCCUCAGGAAGAGGAGGAGUGGCCUCAGCAUCUCCCUGGGAACACAGGACAACGACGAGGAGGUGCAGACUGAUGAAGGCCCUUUAGAGAAUACAGACCAGUCUCCACAGAGUGACCUGUCCACUGAAGAGGUUAAACACAGCUCUCCACAGAGUGACCUGUCCACUGAAGAGGUUAAACACAGCUCUCCACAGAGUGACCUGUCCACUGAAGAGGUUAAACACAGCUCUCCACAGAGUGACCUGUCCACUGAAGAGGUUAAACACAGCUCUCCACAGAGUGACCUGUCCACUGAAGAGGUUAAACACAGCUCUCCACAGAGUGACCUGUCCACUGAAGAGGUUAAACACAGCUCUCCACAGAGUGACCUGUCCACUGAAGAGGUUAAACACAGCUCUCCACAGAGUGACCUGUCCACUGAAGAGAAGCCAACAGAGGACAGUAAAUCUACUGACACAGAGGAGAGUCCAGAGGGAGAAAAAGGUGAAAAGGAGGAGACUGCAGUAGCUGAGAACUCCACAGAGGAACAAGAUGAUAACAAGGAAGAGAUUACUAAGACCACAGAGGAACAAGAUGAUGACAAGGAAGAUAUUACUAAGACCACAGAGGAACAAGAUGAUAACAAGGCAGAUAUUACUAAGACCACAGAGGAACAAGAUGAUAACAAGGAAGAGAUUACUAAGACCACAGAGGAACAAGAUGAUAACAAGGAAGAUAUUACUAAGACCACACAAGAACAAGAUGAUAACAAGGAAGAGAUUACUAAAACCACAGAGGAACAAGGUGAUAACAAGGAAGAGAUUACUAAGACCACAGAGGAACAAGGUGAUAACAAGGAAGAGAUUACUAAAACCACAGAGGAACAAGAUGAUAACAAGGAAGAGAUUACUAAGACCACAGAGGAACAAGAUGAUAACAAGGAAGAGUCUACUAAGACCACAGAGGAACAAGAGAUAUUGCAAUGA